UGUGAUCCAGACUGGUUCCAGACGUUGUUCUGAACUGGUUCUGAACUGGUUCUGGACUGGUUUUGGCUUGUUUGGGUGUGCAGAGCAGGAGUUUAUUUUUGUGCAGCAGCGGGACGAUGAAGCGUGAAAACACAAGUGUGUUUGUCCAGAAAGCCAGAGCGCCUCAGUCACCAUGACGACCAGGGUGGAGGAUUGCAUCAGUGUGAAAUCACAGCAGAGCGAGAAAACGGAGUGAAGUCACGUCUGCAGCUCAGAGAGAAACGACUCAAGAAACACGACAGAAAGAUCAGUCACAGAAUGAGAAAAAGUCAGUGGAAACAGACAAACUGUCCCAGAGUCUGGAGACGUGGAGAUAGAAAAACAUCUCCAGGAUGAGGAGACAACAUUAGUUAAGAGUUUAACAUCUGAGGAGACAUGGCGGACACAAUGGUUCCUGGUUUUUAUGUUUUAGUAAAAUAAAUAAUCAAAGAUUUGUUACUUGUUUUACCCGGUUUCCAUCAUUCUGAGUCCUCCUGACAGAAGACAUCUCUGGGUUCUCUUUCCUUCUUCAUGAAGUUGUGGUUCCUCAGAGCUGCAGGACUUUAGAUUAAAAAAUGGACCUCAUUCUGUGCUGCAGGUCUUUCCAUCAUGGCAGAGGGUUUGGACAUGGAGGAGCUCCUCACGGCCUUCAAGAAGUUUGCCGUCCACGGAGACACGAAGGCGACGGGAAAAGAGCUGAAUGGGAAGAACUGGGCCAAACUGUGCAAAGACUGUAAGAUCGUGGAUGGGAAGAACGUGACCAGCACCGAUGUGGACAUCGUCUUCUCCAAAGUCAAACAGAAGUCGUCCCGGGUGGUCACCUACGAGGAGUUCGUCAGAGCUCUGGAGGAACUCGCUCCCAAAAGGUUCAAAAGCCAAAGCAAAGAUGAGGCUCUGCAGUCCAUGUUCAAGCUGGUGGAGGGUCGAGAACCCACCAAUGCUGGCGUGACGAAAAUGUCGAAGACGGCGGCAGUGGACCGUCUCACCGAUACGGCCCGAUACACCGGAUCCCACAAGGAGCGCUUCGAUGAGAGCGGCAAGGGCCGAGGCCGCGAGGGCCGUGAGGAGAUCGUGGAGAACACGGGAUACGUGGGAGCAUACCGGAACGCUGGGACGUACGAUGCUAAGACCAAGGAGAAAUAAAGGAUGCAACGCCCCCUGCUGGGAGCUGACAACAACUACAGCUCUGAUACAGCACUUAGUCUGGACCAAACCUGGAACCAGGACUCCUCUAUGUGUGUGUGUGUGUGUGUGUGUGUGUGUGUGUGUGUGUGUGUGUGUGUGUGUGUGUGUUAACUGGACAAAGCUUUGUAUUCAGCUGCACUCAGAUCAGGUGAAACAUGACCAGAUGUUGUCAUGUGAUCAACACUUUGCAGUUCCAUCAGCGCCCCCUUCAGGCUGCUGUGUUCAUCACACACCUGGACAAAGGAUGCACCAUGAUCAGAACCUAUAGAAUGUAUUUACCCACUGGAAAGUUUUCACCUUUUAUUGUUUUUCAACACUGAAUCAUGGUGAGCUUCAUCUGACUACUGGCCACCAAGACACCUGUGACCUAUGAUUUAUAUAGCUCCAAUACAGGUCAGAUUUUCUCAAGGAGUUAGUCGCACGGUGGUGGCAGCAUCAUGGUGUGAGAACUAGAGUCUGGACCUGACAAGUUGUGCUGACUCAGGAUCUCUGAGGAACCUGACAGCGGUUAACUAGAUGUUCAGGCUGAUGGAGACCAACAGGAUCAAAGGUUCAUCUACUGACUGGAAGGAGGAGAACACUGCUGGAACCACUGAUUGAUGUUUUAUAUUUUUUAUUAGGUGACGUGUCUUUGUAGAAGUAAGUUGUCACUUUGACAUGAAAUCGUCUUUUCUGUAAAUUCUUGUCCAGAAAUGAAACUAAACUCUUGAUGAUUCAGUGUUGAAGCAAUAAAAGUAACCUCUGAGGACUGAACACGUUCUAUAGGAGCUGUCAGGAAACACAUCCAGCCGCAGCUUCCUUUGCUGUUUGAUUUAAAAACAGAACUCUCCUGUUUUUAGAGAGAGUUUGUCUGAUUUCUUGGAUACACUGAGCUUAAAACUUUAUUUAAAAAACACUGAAAAGUUGGUUUGGUUAAACAGACAGCUGUAGGGCUGCACAUUUACUGGAAUAUUAAUACAAAUAAUUCAUCUUUUCUCUUUAAAUGAACACGAUCAACUAUGGAUUUAAAAUGCUUCAAUCUGUUGUAGAAAUCUCACCUGGUUCCAGGUGAAUGUGACAUCACAACUCAUGGGACUGUUCAGAAUAACAUUGGUCACUGAGAAAGAUCCAUUAACAACCUUAAAAAAUUCAAACUUAAGCCUGGCUCCUCCUAAUUGUUUUGUUUCUGUGAGUGUCAUUUAGUUGUUCACUUUAUCUCCCCCUCUUGUGUGAUGUAAAGUAGAAUAUCCCUGGCAUUUUCCUCUUUGUUGUAGUUUUGUGUAAAAUUGCAAAUAAAAUUGAUUUUAAAAAAAACAUUGGUCACUGAGCUGCUGCUGCUAGUGAGGCAUUUAGGGAACAUCUGGAAACUGUAGCGUCGACUGGUGACUGUGAGGCAUUUAGGGAACAUCUGUAACCUAUAUUUCUGUAGAUGAGCAGACUUUCAGGGAGAGAUUUUGGUUCAGUUUAGUUCAAAUUCAGCCUCCAGGAGAUUCUCAGCAUACAACUGAAGAUGAUCUCUGUAUAAAAGUUUUGUCCGUGAAGCUGCAGCUCUGUCCAGAUUUCUGAAAUAUUCACUCCAGAGAGGACGUUUGAUAAAACAGUUCCUCUGUCUGUUGUUAGCCUGACCAUUUAAAUCUGAUUAAAACUGUUACACCUUUAUGAGAAACCUUCAGUCUGCCUUCUUAUUUAACUUUACCUACAUCUUCUGUCAGAUCCAUUCCAAACCCAGCUCCUGCAUUCAUCUGAUGGAGGCGAACAUCUGGUUUUCACUCUGUGUUGCAGACAGACUUUAUAUGUCAGUGAGAGUUUAAAUAUGAUCCAGGACCAAUUCACGUAUAAAUGUCUCCAUAAUCCAACCACAAAACAGGAUAUAUUCCUGAAAAACAGAAACUGAACAGAUGUUUGUGCCCCCUGCUGGUGUCUGAGGAUAUGACUUUCUGUAUCAAACCCAGAAUCUGCAGCGUUCUAAAACCUGAAUUCUGGUUCUUUGUGUUUAUAUAUUUGUCCACAUUUCAGUUCUUCUCCUGCAGUUAUUUUAAACAUGUGAAG